AUGAUAUGCAACCAAAACGGAGAUUGCAUUAGAGACACUGUCGGUCCUAGGAGCUUGCCCUCAAUUGUCUCUAAACAAGAGACGCAGACAGGUGGUGGAGUCGCGGCAGACGACGACAGAAAGACAACUGCAUGUAAUUCCACCGCCAGUAUGGACGGCUCAAUAACUCCUGCCGGAUCUUCUACUGGUGUUUCUGAGAAAAAGGACUCCAGGGUUUCUUUCUCCAAUCCCCAGCCUAGAAACUCUGUCACCUUCUCCAAGUCCGAAGACGGACCUCACCUCGUGGGAGAAGAUGGGGAGCCAAGAGACAAUCAAACUUACAUGCAGAGACAGUUCAGUUCCAUGCUACAGCCUGGAGUUAACAAGUUUUCCUUGCGUAUGUUUGGAAGUCAAAAAGCAGUGGAAAAAGAGCAAGAAAGAGUCAAAUCAGCUGGCAACUGGAUUAUUCACCCUUACAGUGAUUUCAGGUUCUACUGGGACUUCACAAUGCUCAUGUUUAUGGUUGGCAAUCUAAUUAUCAUUCCUGUGGGAAUCACCUUCUUCAAGGAUGAGACCACCACUCCGUGGAUUAUCUUCAACGUGGUGUCUGACACUUUCUUCCUUGUGGACCUCGUGCUGAACUUUCGCACCGGCAUUGUCUUCGAGGACAACACGGAGAUCAUUCUCGACCCCAAAAAGAUCAAGAAGAAGUACCUAAAGACCUGGUUCGUGGUGGACUUUGUCUCGUCCAUCCCCGUGGAUUACAUCUUCCUCAUCGUGGAGAAGGGCAUCGACUCCGAGGUUUACAAAACGGCCCGCGCCUUACGCAUCGUCCGCUUCACCAAGAUCCUGAGUCUGCUCAGGCUGCUGCGCCUCUCCAGGCUCAUCCGCUACAUCCAUCAGUGGGAGGAGAUCUUCCACAUGACCUAUGACCUGGCCAGUGCGGUGAUGCGCAUCUUUAACUUGAUUGGCAUGAUGCUGCUGCUGUGCCACUGGGACGGGUGCCUGCAGUUCCUGGUGCCCAUGCUGCAGGACUUCCCCUCCGACUGCUGGGUCUCCCUCAACAAGAUGGUGAAUGACUCGUGGAGUGAGCUCUACUCCUUCGCCCUGUUUAAGGCCAUGAGUCACAUGCUGUGCAUUGGCUACGGCCGGCAGGCCCCGGAGAGCAUGUCCGAUAUCUGGCUGACCAUGCUCAGCAUGAUCGUGGGGGCCACCUGCUACGCCAUGUUCAUCGGCCACGCCACCGCCCUCAUCCAGUCCCUGGACUCCUCGCGCCGUCAGUACCAGGAGAAGUACAAGCAAGUAGAGCAGUACAUGUCCUUCCAUAAACUGCCGGCGGACUUCCGGCAGAAAAUCCACGAUUACUAUGAGCACAGGUACCAGGGGAAGAUGUUUGAUGAAGAAAGCAUCUUAGAGGAGCUCAAUGAGCCACUGCGAGAGGAAAUUGUCAACUUUAACUGUCGCAAGCUAGUGGCUUCCAUGCCGCUGUUUGCCAACGCUGACCCCAACUUUGUGACUGCCAUGCUGACAAAGCUGCGCUUCGAGGUCUUCCAGCCCGGGGACUACAUCGUUCGCGAGGGCACCAUUGGCAAGAAGAUGUACUUCAUUCAGCACGGGGUGGUGAGCGUCAUCACCAAAGGGACCAUGGGCAUGAAGCUCUCCGACGGCUCCUACUUUGGAGAGAUCUGCCUGCUGACCCGCGGGAGACGCACGGCCAGCGUCCGGGCCGACACCUACUGCCGCCUCUACUCGCUCUCCGUGGACAACUUCAACGAGGUCCUGGAGGAGUACCCCCAGAUGAGGCGGGCCUUCGAGACGGUGGCCAUCGACCGGCUCAACAGAAUAGGCAAAAAGAACUCGGUCUUAAUGCACAAAGUCCAGCACGACCUGAACUCCGGGGUCUUCAACAACCGCGAGAACGAAAUGAUCCAGGAGAUCGUCAAGUACGACCGCGAGAUGGUCAAGCAGGUGGACCUGCAGCGUCCGCGGGCCAUGUCCAUGACGCCGUCCCUCCAGGGCGGUAGCCUGUUCGCCUCGCCCUCCUCCGCCGGCCAGCCCUCCGGAGGCUCGGCCAUCGCCACGCUGCAGCAGGCCGUGGCCAUGAGCUUCUGCCCCCAGAUGGCCGGCUCGCUGGUGGGCUCCGGCACGCUGCAGUCCCCCCGCAUGGUCCGCCGCUUCCAGGUCCUGCAGAACGUCUCCGGCCCCGGGUCGUCGCUGCCGCUUCAGGCCGGACAGCCGGGAGGGCAUCAGCAGCAGCAGCAGCAGCAGGCCGCCAACCCGGCUCUCUCCGGGGGGGCCUUCGCCUCGCCCACCCACAGCCCCCUGGCGUCGGCGGGCAGGACUUUCCAGUACGGCGCCAGCCCCGUGGGCGGCGGGGUGCUGUCGGGCUCGCAGCUCUCGCUGGUCCAGCAGCAGCAGCAGCAGCAGCACGCGGCCAGUCCCACGCACCGGCCCACCGUCCACCGGCGGAGCACGCACUCCUUACAGGACACGCGGGCGCUGUCCGCCUCGCAGCUCUCGCUCCCCCACGACGCCAUGGGCGGCCUGGGCAUCAUGGGUCUGGGCAUGGGCAUAGCCAGCGCGGCAGCCCCCAGCCCCCCCCAGUCCACGCGGGUCUCCUCCACCUCCAUAGGCCCCCCUCCGCCGCUGGCACAGGCCGGGCUGGCCGGACCCCUGGUGUUCAGGAGCGCCGUGCCCCAGAGGAUGGCGCUGACCCACCAGAUGUCGGUGGGGGCCUUCCCGCCGGCCGCCCUGCCCCCGCUGCGGCCCGCCCCGUACGAGUCCGGACUGCCCAAGAAAGACUCCAUAGUCAGCCUCCCAGAGACGGACCAAAUCAGAUCAAGGCUGUCUUCCAAUUUGUGA